AUGAAAUCAAUAACAACUUGUCUUCGAUGUAAUCAUACUACAACGAAAAUCGAGAGACUACAGUUUCUUCCCUUGCCAUUAAGUCAACAACAGCGAGUGUUUACAGUUGAAUUUUGUUCAAAAAAUGGUCAUCGAUCUCGAAGUAAUGUAUCGGUAUUUGCUUCAGGUCGAGUUGAACAUCUUGUCAAAGCUUUUCUUGAUAAACAUCCUAGACCUGAUCUUUUUGAACGUAUUAUUGUUCAGACAACAUUGACAGAGGAAUCACUUGACUUGAACUCACCACUUUACAUGUUAACCGAUUCGAAAGUAAGAUUCAUUGAACAGAAAAAACAUCUUAUUCGUACUCAACCAAUUCAACUCGAUAUGAAUCCAAAGAAGAUCACUCUUUAUGAAUGUCUUCGGGAGUUUAUUUCAAAGGAAUAUCUUGACGAUUCAUGGCUUUGUGAACAAAAUACUUGCCGUCGAAAGACUAAAGCUGUCAAAAAACUUCAAUUUCAUACUCUUCCACCCGUACUUAUCAUUCAAUUGAAGCGAUUUGUAUCUCAAAAUCAACGGCAGAAAAAAGUAAAGACAUUCGUUGAGUAUCCAAUCGAUGAACUUGACUUAACAGAUUUAUCAGCAUCGCAACAUGCUAUUUAUGACCUUAUCUCUGUCAGUAACCAUAUGGGGUCAAUAAGUAAUGGUCAUUACACAGCAUAUGCUCGAGUAAAAACUUCCACAGAUCGAUGGUAUGAAUUUGAUGAUGCUGUUGUAUCAGCUAUCUCUUCCAAUUCUGAUGUUGUGACAGCUAAUGCCUACCUUCUUUUUUACAUGAAACGAAAUUAUCAAAGCAGGCAAAAUUCACAACACUAUCGUGAGUCAUCUGUGUAA